AUGGCUGUCGACACAGACGUGGUGGCUGAUGCCUCCAACCUAGAGUCGGAGAAGCAAGCAGACGACUUUAUCCCUCUCGGCGGAGACGAGGACUUUGUCGCAUUUGCGGCGGACGAGGACGAGGACGAAGACGAAGACCCGUCCUACGACAAAACCUUCCACCCCCACCGAAUCACUCUUCCCACCUUCCGUCGCUUGCUCGCCUGCUAUGCCACCACUGCGGAGCAGGUAUAUCGGCGCAAGAUGAUGGUCAAGUUGCAGCCCAAGCCGGCAAAGGGAUCAUUGGCCAAGUUGAAGAAGCGUGCGGGCUCUGCGUCUGCCACCGCCACAGGCGCGGCUCUGAUUCAGAAAACGGAUUUCAAUGCCUCUGAGCAGCGGUAUAUCCAGACCGAGACGGACAAAUAUCUUGAAUUGGACCAGUUGCGGUACGAGGGGCUUCCCAAGAAGGUCGCGGAGAGGAAGACGGGUGAUGAUGGGGACGAGAAGAAUGGGUAUUUGAGUAAAGACGAGUUGCUUUCUAUUAUGGAGUGGAAGAUGAAACACGGCGUGGCCCGUCCCACUCUCAUGGGAAACCUCAAAACCAACCAGGCCAACCUCGUGCGGAAAUCCACUGCCGCAGCGCUGUCCGCGCUCCCUAUCGCAGACCCCACACUCUACCCAGACGAGGCAUUCCCACGACCUAGUCUGGACGCACUCACUAAGCCACUGCGCGGCGUUGGCCCCGCCACAGCAUCAUUGAUCCUAUCCAUCUCCACGGCUGCUGGCGAUGCCUCCCACCAAAUACCAUUCUACAGCGACGAUGUGUAUCUCUGGCUAUGCCUAAAGGAUUUCCCGGAGCCCGAGGAUGCGCGAACACCCCAGCCUCUGAUCAGCAGCGGCGGAGCAAGCACGGAAACAAAACCAAAGAAAAAGCCAUCAAAGUACAAGCGGCCGAAUGGAGAGCUGAACGUCAAAUACAACGCGAGCGAAUAUCGACAGCUGUGGAACGCCUCCUGGGAACUUCGGGAGAGAUUGAACCGCAGCAUGGAUACCUCCGACCAAGAAGAUGGUGAAGCCGAGGACGACAAUGCGCAGCCCAUUUCUCACAAUGAUAUUGAGAAAGUUGCCUUUGUGCUGCGCAACAUCGCCUUCUCGGGCUUCUACCAGGAUCAAGAUCCAGAGGCUUUUCUAAAGGCGCGCGCGGCGAUUGAAAAGGCAAAUCAGCCUCCCCCGGAUGAUACGCCGAAAAGACAUAAGAAGAAGCGGAAGCAUGAUGAGAAGGAUGGUGGGUCGAAGGGCAAGGGGUCUCGCAAUAGCAAGAGAAGCAAGCAGAAUUGA